UUUUUGGCUGAAGAAGCUUGAAUCGUACCUUAACCUGGAUAGCUGUGAUAGGCUGAUGCUGAUCCAAUCAAUAGCAGCUGUCCCUCCCGACCCUUCCGUACAUUCGCCCAGUGUGAUUUAGCGCACACAUAGCGGAACACGGUCUGGUUCCCUGAGCAUUAUAGCCUAGUUCAUUGGCUAUCAACCCCUCAGCACCUGUCCGCUGACAUCAGUGUACCUGAGGAUCUGUUGGCCCUCCCCUCCCCAGAUGUAGAGGGAGUUGUCACCUGCAGCAGCCGUGUACACAACUUUUGUGCUGUCCAGUGAAGUUGCCCACCAUGCGUGAGUACAAGCUAGUGGUGCUGGGAUCAGGAGGUGUGGGAAAAUCAGCACUGACAGUCCAAUUUGUGCAAGGCAUUUUUGUGGAGAAGUAUGACCCCACAAUAGAAGACUCCUACAGAAAGCAAGUUGAGGUUGACGGGCAACAAUGUAUGCUUGAAAUUCUGGACACAGCUGGAACAGAACAGUUCACAGCGAUGAGGGACCUGUACAUGAAGAACGGCCAAGGCUUUGCCCUGGUGUACUCCAUUACAGCACAGUCAACAUUUAAUGACCUACAGGACCUCCGGGAACAGAUCCUGCGAGUAAAGGACACAGAGGAUGUUCCCAUGAUCCUGGUGGGAAACAAGUGUGACCUGGAGGAUGAGCGUGUGGUUGGAAAGGAGCAGGGUCAGAAUCUGGCCCGUCAGUGGAACAACUGUGCCUUUUUAGAGACUUCAGCUAAAUCAAAGAUCAAUGUUAAUGAGAUUUUCUAUGAUCUGGUGCGACAGAUCAACAGAAAAACGCCGAUGGAAAAGAAGAAGACAAAAAAGAAGUCAAAUUGCACACUGCUUUAAAAUGCCCUCCCACAGAGCUCCAGGCCAGAAACUUGUUUGAUUAACUGUUUCCCGGUGGAUCGUGCCAGCAUUCCAAGUCCUCUCCAGAACAUUUUGAAAACAGCUGACAGAGUUACUCCACCACUCACAAAAUGGCAGGAGACGGCACAUACGCUCAAGAUAUCUUCUCUGCUUUUUAACAGCAAAGAAAUUCACCUCCUUUUUUGUACUGUCAGCCUGAUGACAACUCUGUUUCUUUUUUCUUCUUCUCCAAGGUGUCUUUCUUUUUUGGAUAUGUAAAUGUAAAAGAAGAGACCAUGGGUUUAAAUCCAUAUAUGGGAACUAAAGUGUUUUAUUAAAAGUAACACAAACCUUUGGCAUAUUGUGACAAUACGUUUGCAAAAGAAACCAUGUGAAAUGUUGGCCUUCUCAUACGUUUCUGCACUAACAGUGUCGACACAAAUGCAUCAUUUGUCCAUAAGUUACUCACUCCUACUUACAAGGAUGUGUAUUGAUGAAAUAACAUCUUUCCUAAGUGACUUUGUUUUAUAUCGGAGCUGCAAGCCUUCCAUAUUUCCCAUAAUAUAUUCUACUUCCAUUUUUGCAUAAUAAAGCUAAGGAAAUUAGUAUUUUAUAGACUGAUGGGGUGGGGUGGGGGGGGCGGUGAGUUUUGAUUUUUGUCUUGAGGCUGAAAAUAUAUUGUACUAAACCGA